UUUUUUUUCGAUAAUAGUUCACUUUGUGAGUGUGAGUUCCACGUGCUCUAAAGGCCUUCUUAAAUUUGUUACACUUUGUCAUUAUCAUUCUUAAUCAUUAGACUUAUUUAAAUAACUUAUCAACUACUUCCGUGCAGUUUUUACGUUCUCAUUUAUUGUUGGUUAAUUCGAAUAACUUUAUUGAGGUUAGUCGUAAGAGUUUUCGCUUAAAAAAAUAGUAACUACAUAUUUGUCAAAAUGUCGGUUGCUCUGAAAAAAGGAUUAUCCAAACAAAAGAAAAUGCUUCAUCCCAACAGUAGAAAAGUAAACGCUAUUGUUAAACAAAACAAAAAAAUAGUGAAAAGAGAACAAAUGAAACAAACAGGUAUGAUGAAACAAAAUUUAAUUAGAGAGAAAAUGCUGUGGUUCAAAGAACAUAUGAAACCUAAAAUAUGUCCAUAUACUUCAGAAUUAACAGCUGAAUUACUCGAAAAAUAUAUUGCAAGGUAUGAUGAAGAACUGAAGACAAUAGCAGAUAAGAAUAAAGUUCGUAAUAAAAAAAAUCGAAGUAAUGCAAGUCGUGAAGAUAUACUUCGAAUGAGUAAAGAAAGAGAUGAAGAUGAAUACAAUGGUUGUGGAAUAGAAAUACCCAACAUCUUAAAUUCAACACAGUGCGAAAUGUUGCGCAAGUGGGACGGAGACGUGCGUUACCUUCCAAACUUUGUAUUUCGACGCUUUGGCAGACGACAUGUCGAGCAAAAUAAAAAAAUGUUAAUGACCAAUAAUGCACCUGAUACAGAAAGCUCGCCGGCGCAAAAAGACAAAGAAAAUGAAAAGACUAAAAAUGCAGUUAAAGAUAAAGCAGAGAUGGAUGUUGACUAAAUAUUUUUAAAUAAAUAAAAAUACUUGUAUAAAAAAAAAAUAAUCAUUUUUAAUCCCCACUUAUAAAUUAUAAAUUAAAUGACAUAAAAAAGUUUUAUUACAGGAGAAAAUUGAAUAAUGAAACGGAUAAAAGUCGCCUGACGACAUAGUAUUUUAUGAUGAGAGUAUCGACGAAUACCACGACAGAGAUGGAGCAAGCUGGUGGGUCCUCAAGUGAAACUCAUUAAUGUAACUGAGAAGAAACUUUAAAUACCUGUCGGUAUGAUCAGAGGUUGUAUCUAUACGGUUAUUCAUUCUCGUUGGAGACCAAGAGAUUUUGCGGUUAGAGAUGAAGAAGCCAGGGGCUAAAUGUUACCUGUACGUUCCACUGACCUAAAUCCCCAAAUCAUGAUUUUAUACGAGAGUUCCCAUAUACAUUGCUUUUUCCCUUUCACAUUUGUACAGCAUCAUUACUUCUUCUGACAUGCCUUAGCUUUGAGCUUAUUGUACAAUAAAUAUACGUUUCAAUUUCUUUUUAUAAAUUUUUUUU